AUGUAUACUAAAUUAUAAUUAUUUUACAGAUAAUAUCAACAGACAAUUAACUACGCUGAAGAACAAAAUCGUUUCCAGUGAAAUAAAACUAAAUCAAACGAGUACCACAAUAUUAGAACUCUUAGAAUUAGAUUCCUCAUAUAAUUCAAAAAACCUUAAAAGUUGUUGUGCUAUUUUUCACAAGAAUUUGUUUGCAGUAGAAAAUCCCAAAUUUACAAGCAAUGACCAUAUGGAAGUUUUGACAGUUUUGAGAUUUAAUACAGCAUUCAAUAUUCUGCAUGAUUGCUUACACAAAUAUGACUGUUCGAAAAUUUCUAAGGAAGAUCUUUUGUGGGGAUUUUUUAACAGAGACCCAAAUUCACGAAACGAUGAGCCAGAUUUAAAAUCAUCAACUCAUCAAAUACUAGAAGUUGUUGUUCGUAAUAAUUCACCAGAUUAUUUUGUUGAUACUAUAAAGCGUUAUAUAUAUGGGCCUAAUUGCAAACAACCAUUCGCGGGAUAUUGUGCUGCUGCUUACUACACGUAUUUGAUUACUGAAAGUCCCAAUUUAAAUAAUAUAUUCAAUGAAAUUAGACAAUUAAAGUCAUGAAAUAAAAAUUUUGUUUUUGUUUUUAAGUUAUAAGUAUUUAAAUAACAAUAUUUUGUUCUAUUUCUCGAUUUUAUAUUAUACAUUUUUUACUUUAAAAUGCUAUAAUUUUUUGAAAAAUAUAUGAAUCAAUACAAU